CGUAAUAUCGCCGAAAGAUUAUCCAUUCAUGAUCAUCAUUAGCCAGUACUUUGUAGAAAACAUUUUACGAUAAGGCACUAUACCGGAUGAAUAAAACUUUCAAAGAUUCUAGUAAAAACACAUGGGGAGAGUCGUACGUUCCGCCACUGACCUGUUGACAAAAGACAUAACCUCAGUUUUUCGUUUGUGGCCCUUCACAUUUUAGUUUAUUAUUUAAAUUAAACCAAUUGAAAAUGUCCAGUAUGCCAGUAUCCUCAUCCACUUUACUACCUUUAGAAUUGGUAGAUAAGUGCAUCGGCUCGAGAAUUCACAUUAUCAUGAAGAAUGACAAGGAAAUCGUCGGUACGCUGCUUGGUUUCGACGAUUUUGUCAACAUGCUACUUGAAGAUGUGACCGAAUACGAAACGACACCCGAGGGCAGACGGAUAACGAAGCUAGAUCAAAUCUUAUUAAACGGGAAUAAUAUUACAAUGUUGGUGCCUGGUGGAGAAAUGCCCGAGUAGCGAACGUAGCGAGUAUCUGACUUGUAUCUUUAAGGAAUUUGUACAAAUAUUCUUCUUCGUUUAAUAAGAGAUACUUUUUCAUAA